GUCAGACACACCGUCCUGCAGUCUGACAUACUGUGGUCGACCUGUCAGAUAGUUCGUGAUCCAGGAAACCAGAUGGGUGCUGGCGUGGUGGAGCAGGAAGAUGAUGGCGUCCUCCACUCCUAGUUUCUGCUGGUAGGCGAAUUGAAGAGGGUCCAGUGACGAGCUGACCAGGGGCCGAAGAAGUGAGAGGAUCAGCCUCUCCAGAGACUUCAUCAGGUGGGACGUCAGUGCCACCGGUCUGUAGUCGUUGGGGGUGCUGGGACGCGUCUUCUUCGGUACCGGAACCAGGCAGGAUGUCUUCCACAGCACAGGGACCCUCUGCAGACUCAGGCUCAGGUUGAAGAUGUGCUGCAGGACUCCACUCAGCUGGGAUGCACAUGCUUUGAGGACCCUCGGGCUGACACCAUCGGGACCUGCUGCCUUGCCUGGGCGGAGUCUGCACAGCUCCUUCCUCACCUGCUCUGCUGUGAACGUCAGUGUGCCAUGUGUGUUGGUGGGGGUGGGGGGAGAUGAUGGUGGGGUAGAGAGGACAGGUAGGGUGAAGUCCGGAAAGAGCUGUGUGGGAGGGGGGACAGCAGGGCCAGAGGUUUGGAGGAGGGUGGAUGUGGAGAAGCUGGGGGAGGGGUAGUUCGGAGCCCUCUCGUCAAAUCUAUUGAAGAACAGAUUCAGCUCGUUGGCACGUUCAAUACCCCCCCCGUUGUCUGGCUUCCAGGUGGUUUGUAGCCAGUGAUGCUCCUCAUGCCGUUCCACACUUCCUGCAAGUUGUUCUGCUGGAGUUUGUGUUCCAGCUUCCUCCUGUAGCUGUCUUUACCCUGUUGGAUCCUCUCCUUAAGCUCCCCCUGGACCCGCCUCAUCUGCUCCCUGUCACCAUCUCUGAAGGCCCUCUUCUUCUCAUUCAGCAGGACCUUAAUGUCUCUGGUGACCCACGGCUUGUUGUUGGGGAAACAGUGUAAGGUCACUGGAGGAAUAACAGUGUCCACACAGAAGUUGAUGUACCCUGUUAUGCAGUCCGUGAGAUCAUCAAGGUCCUCCCCAUGCGAAUCACAGAGCAACUCCCAGUCAGUUAGUUCAAAGCAGCCCUGCAAAUCCUCAAUGGUCUCCUGUGACCAUCUCCUAACAGUCCUGGUGGUCACAGGCAGCCGCUGAACUUGGCCAAUGAUACAGUGGCUACAGACUGGGAGCAGAAAUUGGAAGAUGCAGGGGAGUCUGGAAUGACUUGUCUGGAAAUCCUGAGGGCAUCUGGGGGAUGGAUGGAUAAUGCCAGUGGCGGCAAAGCUUCAGAAAAAUGGGCUAAGCGGGAAACAAAUCAGGAUGCAGAUGGUUCCUCCACCAGGUUGAUGGCUCUGUUUUUAGAUGUGUCGGCCUCACGCUGGAAAGAUGUGGCUAAAGUUGCAAGGGAAGCAAAUCACUCCUCUGCUGUCAAUAUAGUAUGUACAGUAUAAAAGUGCUGGAAACAUCAUUACAGUAAAGCAUGCCAUACUGUGGUAAUGGAAUCAAUCAAUAUCAGCUGCUACGACUAUAAAAGGCUGUAUAACCGUUACUUUUUGAAAAUGUGGUUAAAAUCUGACAUUAAUUUCACUAGCUCAAGUCAGCCAAGAAAAAACAAAAAUACCACCUCCAGCAUGUACCACCUUAUACUAAGACAGAAAAAGGUUUCCCUGUGUGGAACCACCUCCAUUUGGUUCACUGGUGAUGAUACAGUCAUGGCCACAAGGCGGUGAAUGAAAAUUGCUUCUACGCAACUGUCUGAAAUGGAAGGAAACAUUAGGACAACUUACACAAAAAUGUAAGAUUUAAACACACAAACAACUUCAGAACCAUCAGAUGAUCUGAUGAGAACAUUUUUAUUGCCUGAUCUAACAGAAGUUGUGUGUAUCGUUUACAUUGGAUGAUGAGAUUAAAUUUGAAGAUCUUGCAUAAAAGUUCUGAUAUGUAAUUUGUAUGUCACAAAAACUUCUAUUGUUCUUCUAUUGGUGUUAUUUUUAUAAAAUAAAACCAUCUGAAGAAUAUCUGAAGAGCAUUCUGCGCCAGCACGUUUUCUUCCUGAAAGCAUGUUUGUGGUCAGUUUGAUGAACAGCAUAAGCAACUUAAAAAACACCCCACCUCUUCGGUUGAAAGCGCCCUGAAAGCACUGGAGCACAGUUCAUUUGCGGACAUUGCAGAGUAACAGCAACACGCGCCAUGAAGAACUUCACUUUGAUAGCAGCUUUGAGUCUUUGCAGCAUUAGCUGGAUCUCUGCCUCAGUCUCUCAGUAUCAGACUGUGGAGGCUCAGCCUGGUGAAGAAGUCACACUGCAGUGCAACAACAUUUCAGAUUAUGAUACUCAAACAUUCUGGUCCAGACUGGUCAACAGAACCAAGAUCAGCUGCGUUGUCGUUCAGUUGAAUUAUGGACGCAGCUUUAAAGUCUGUGAUGGAUAUGAACAAAAGAAAUUUGAAAUGAAAUCCAACAUCUCCACUGUCUUUCUCAACAUCAAAAAAGUGGAUUCAUCUGACUCCGGACUGUAUUACUGUGGAUUUUUCAGAAACGGCAUUCCAGUUUUCACUCCCAUACAUUUAAAUGUUAAUGGCAGCGAUGAGCCACAUGAUGAUGGCAGGGAAGGUGAAAGUCAGAGUAAGAUCGACUCUGACGGAAUAGCAAUGCUGACAAGUCUGAUCCUGGGUGCUCUGACUGUUGUCCUUGUACUGGUCAUUGUUGGUCUGGUUGUGAAAGUCAGGAAACUUCAGACAGCUGUUAAGGAAGACCAGAAUCCAGAACAAAGAGAGAAUGUGGGCCAUGAUGAUGACGUGAACUACGCAGCAGUGACAAUUCAACCGAAAGCAAAAAGAAGAGAGCUGGAGCCAAAUGUUAUCUAUGCUUCAACCAGAUAGACUCAAGAGGCAACUGGAGCUGACGCUCUAUUAUGUGAAAAUGCUUUCAGCUUUUGUAUGCCAUGUUGGUGACAGCAGUUAUCAUUCUAGCCAAACUCUCUUCUUACGCAAUAAAGAUUAUGUGUUCAUCCAUUUGUAAGUGUCUUCCUGCCACUGGUAUGUUUUGAUGGAGGAGCCAGUAAGGACAAUGAUGACUGCCCCAACUGUCUUAUAGUGAGAGAUAGAUGAAGGUCUGCA